AGCAGGAGCGCAGCGUGCUUAGGGUUGGCCAUAUUUAAAAUAUUUUCCAGUAGGAUCCUGCCUCCUUCCUCCUUUCCCUCCUCCCUCUCGGGUAAUUUAUUUCUAGCUUCCAGGCAAGGGCCACACAAGGAAGGAAAUCCACAGGGGAUUAGAUGCCGGAGUGGUAACUCCACCAGGCUAAGGUGGACUCUGCAGCCAACUUCCUAUCAGAUCACCCUGCACCUAUUUCCGACCGACCGGAAUGCGACUGGCUUGAGGUCCGGCCCUUUCGCCUGGGCGGGAGCCGCGGAAGCUGCCUGGAGUUGGAUGGGGGUAGGAGGGGGCUGGAGCAGGAUUCCUACGGUGUAGCCUAGCCGGCCUGGGCCUUAGGUCGGGCAUUAUGGAGUUGCAGAGGACAUCCAGCAUUUCAGGGCCGCUGUCGCCGGCCUACACCGGGCAGGUGCCUUACAACUACAACCAACUGGAAGGGAGAUUCAAACAGCUCCAAGAUGAGCGUGAAGCCGUACAGAAGAAGACAUUCACCAAGUGGGUCAACUCCCACCUUGCCCGAGUGUCCUGCCGAAUCACAGACCUGUAUACCGACCUUCGAGAUGGACGGAUGCUCAUCAAGCUGCUGGAGGUCCUCUCUGGGGAGAGGCUGCCUAAACCCACUAAGGGACGGAUGCGGAUCCACUGUCUGGAGAAUGUCGACAAGGCUCUUCAGUUCCUGAAGGAGCAGAGAGUCCAUCUUGAGAACAUGGGCUCCCAUGACAUUGUGGAUGGAAACCACCGGCUAACCCUCGGCCUCAUCUGGACCAUCAUUCUGCGCUUCCAGAUCCAGGAUAUCAGUGUGGAGACUGAAGAUAACAAAGAAAAAAAGUCAGCUAAGGAUGCAUUGCUGCUGUGGUGCCAGAUGAAGACAGCUGGGUACCCCAAUGUCAACAUUCACAAUUUCACUACUAGCUGGAGAGAUGGCAUGGCCUUCAAUGCACUGAUACACAAACACCGGCCUGACCUGAUAGAUUUUGACAAACUGAAGAAAUCUAAUGCACACUACAAUCUGCAGAAUGCAUUUAACCUGGCAGAGCAGCACCUUGGUCUCACUAAACUGUUAGACCCUGAAGAUAUCAGUGUGGACCACCCUGAUGAGAAGUCCAUCAUCACAUACGUGGUGACUUACUACCACUACUUCUCCAAGAUGAAGGCCUUGGCUGUGGAAGGAAAGCGCAUAGGAAAGGUGCUUGAUAAUGCUAUAGAAACAGAGAAAAUGAUUGAGAAGUACGAGUCACUUGCUUCUGACCUUCUGGAGUGGAUCGAGCAAACCAUCAUCAUCCUAAACAACCGAAAAUUUGCUAACUCACUGGUCGGGGUCCAGCAGCAGCUUCAGGCGUUCAACACAUACCGCACAGUGGAGAAACCACCUAAGUUUACUGAGAAGGGGAAUUUGGAGGUGCUGCUUUUCACAAUUCAGAGCAAGAUGAGAGCUAAUAAUCAGAAGGUCUACAUGCCCCGAGAAGGGAAGCUCAUCUCUGAUAUCAACAAGGCCUGGGAAAGACUGGAAAAAGCAGAACAUGAGAGAGAACUGGCUCUGCGGAAUGAGCUCAUACGACAGGAAAAACUGGAACAACUCGCCCGCAGAUUCGAUCGCAAGGCAGCUAUGAGGGAGACAUGGCUGAGCGAAAACCAGCGUCUUGUGUCUCAGGACAACUUCGGAUUUGACCUUCCCGCAGUUGAGGCCGCCACCAAAAAGCACGAGGCCAUUGAGACAGACAUCGCUGCGUAUGAAGAACGAGUUCAGGCUGUGGUGGCUGUGGCCAGGGAGCUUGAAGCAGAGAACUACCAUGACAUCAAGCGGAUCACAGCGAGGAAGGACAAUGUCAUCCGGCUCUGGGAAUACUUGCUGGAACUGCUCAGGGCCAGGAGACAACGUCUUGAGAUGAACCUGGGACUGCAAAAGAUAUUCCAGGAAAUGCUUUAUAUUAUGGACUGGAUGGAUGAAAUGAAGGUGCUAUUGCUGUCUCAAGACUAUGGCAAGCACUUGCUUGGUGUUGAAGACUUGCUGCAGAAGCAUGCCCUAGUUGAAGCAGACAUUGCAAUCCAAGCAGAACGUGUAAGAGGUGUGAAUGCCUCUGCCCAGAAGUUUGCAACAGAUGGGGAAGGCUACAAGCCAUGCGACCCCCAGGUAAUCCGAGACCGUGUUGCCCACAUGGAGUUCUGCUAUCAAGAGCUUUGUCAGCUGGCAGCUGAGCGUAGGGCUCGCCUGGAAGAGUCCCGUCGCCUCUGGAAGUUCUUCUGGGAGAUGGCAGAAGAGGAAGGCUGGAUACGGGAGAAGGAAAAGAUCCUGUCCUCUGAUGAUUACGGGAAAGACUUGACUAGUGUCAUGCGCCUGCUGAGCAAGCACCGGGCAUUUGAGGAUGAGAUGAGCGGCCGUAGUGGCCAUUUUGAGCAGGCCAUUAAAGAAGGUGAAGACAUGAUUGCAGAGGAGCACUUCGGAUCAGAAAAGAUCCGAGAGAGAAUCAUUUACAUCCGGGAGCAGUGGGCCAACCUGGAGCAGCUCUCAGCCAUUAGGAAGAAGCGCCUAGAGGAGGCCUCGUUACUGCACCAGUUCCAGGCUGAUGCUGAUGACAUUGACGCUUGGAUGUUAGAUAUACUCAAGAUCGUUUCCAGCAGUGAUGUGGGCCAUGAUGAGUACUCCACACAGUCUCUGGUCAAGAAGCAUAAAGAUGUAGCAGAAGAGAUCACCAACUACAGGCCCACUAUUGACACGCUGCACGAGCAGGCCAGUGCCCUUCCACAAGCACAUGCAGAGUCUCCAGAGGUGAAGGGCCGGCUGGCAGGAAUUGAGGAGCGCUACAAGGAGGUGGCAGAGUUAACACGGCUAAGGAAGCAGGCUCUGCAAGACACGCUGGCCCUGUACAAGAUGUUCAGUGAGGCUGAUGCCUGCGAGCUCUGGAUUGAUGAGAAGGAGCAGUGGCUCAAUAACAUGCAGAUCCCAGAGAAGCUGGAGGACCUGGAAGUCAUCCAGCACAGAUUUGAGAGCCUAGAACCAGAAAUGAACAACCAGGCUUCCCGGGUUGCUGUGGUGAACCAGAUUGCACGGCAGCUGAUGCACAGUGGCCAUCCCAGUGAAAAGGAAAUCAGAGCUCAGCAAGACAAACUCAACACGAGGUGGAGUCAGUUCAGAGAACUGGUGGACAGGAAAAAGGACGCUCUUCUGUCUGCCCUGAGCAUCCAGAACUACCACCUCGAGUGCAAUGAGACCAAAUCCUGGAUCCGGGAGAAGACCAAGGUCAUCGAGUCUACCCAAGACCUUGGCAACGACCUGGCAGGUGUCAUGGCCCUGCAGCGCAAGCUGACCGGCAUGGAACGAGACUUGGUAGCCAUUGAGGCGAAGCUGAGUGACCUGCAGAAAGAAGCCGAGAAGCUGGAGUCCGAGCACCCUGACCAGGCUCAAGCUAUCCUGUCUCGGCUGGCCGAGAUCAGUGACGUGUGGGAGGAAAUGAAGACAACCCUGAAGAACCGAGAGGCCUCACUGGGAGAGGCCAGCAAGCUGCAGCAGUUCCUGCGGGACCUGGAUGACUUCCAGUCUUGGCUCUCCAGGACCCAGACUGCUAUCGCCUCAGAGGACAUGCCUAACACCCUGACUGAGGCAGAGAAGCUUCUCACACAGCACGAGAAUAUCAAAAAUGAGAUUGACAAUUACGAGGAAGACUACCAGAAGAUGCGGGACAUGGGCGAGAUGGUUACCCAGGGACAGACUGAUGCCCAGUACAUGUUUCUGCGACAGCGGUUGCAGGCCUUGGACACCGGCUGGAAUGAGCUCCACAAAAUGUGGGAGAAUAGGCAAAAUCUCCUGUCCCAGUCCCAUGCCUACCAGCAGUUCCUUAGGGACACGAAACAAGCCGAAGCCUUUCUCAAUAACCAGGAAUAUGUUUUGGCUCAUACUGAAAUGCCCACCACCCUGGAAGGAGCUGAAGCAGCCAUUAAAAAGCAGGAGGACUUCAUGACCACCAUGGAUGCCAACGAGGAGAAGAUCAAUGCUGUUGUGGAGACUGGCCGAAGACUUGUGAGCGACGGGAACAUCAACUCCGACCGCAUCCAGGAGAAGGUGGACUCUAUUGAUGACAGACACAGGAAGAAUCGAGAAGCAGCCAGUGAACUUUUGAUGAGGUUAAAGGAUAACCGUGAUCUACAGAAAUUCCUGCAAGAUUGUCAAGAGCUGUCCCUCUGGAUCAAUGAAAAGAUGCUCACAGCUCAGGACAUGUCCUAUGAUGAAGCCAGAAACCUGCAUAGCAAAUGGUUAAAGCAUCAAGCAUUUAUGGCAGAACUUGCAUCCAACAAAGAAUGGCUUGACAAAAUUGAGAAGGAAGGAAUGCAGCUUAUUUCAGAAAAGCCAGAAACAGAAGCCGUGGUGAAGGAGAAACUCACUGGUUUACAUAAAAUGUGGGAAGUCCUGGAGUCCACAACGCAGACCAAGGCCCAGCGGCUCUUUGAUGCAAACAAGGCGGAACUUUUCACACAGAGCUGUGCAGAUCUUGACAAAUGGCUGCACGGCCUGGAGAGCCAGAUUCAGUCUGACGACUAUGGCAAGGACCUUACCAGCGUCAACAUUCUGCUGAAAAAGCAACAGAUGCUGGAGAAUCAGAUGGAAGUGCGGAAGAAGGAGAUCGAGGAACUGCAGAGCCAAGCUCAGGCACUGAGUCAGGAGGGGAAGAGCACAGAUGAGGUGGACAGCAAACGCAUCACUGUGCAGACCAAGUUCAUGGAGCUUCUGGAGCCCUUGAAUGAGAGGAAGCACAAUCUGUUAGCUUCCAAGGAGAUCCACCAGUUCAACAGGGAUGUAGAGGAUGAGAUUCUGUGGGUUGGUGAGAGGAUGCCUUUGGCAACUUCCACAGAUCAUGGCCAUAACCUUCAAACUGUGCAGCUGUUAAUAAAGAAAAACCAGACCCUCCAGAAAGAAAUUCAGGGACACCAGCCUCGUAUUGAUGACAUCUUUGAGAGGAGUCAGAACAUCAUCACAGAUAGCAGCAGCCUCAAUGCUGAGGCUAUCAGGCAGAGGCUCGCUGACUUGAAGCAGCUAUGGGGCCUGCUCAUCGAGGAAACUGAGAAACGCCAUCGACGGCUCGAGGAGGCACACAAGGCCCAGCAGUACUACUUUGAUGCAGCUGAAGCAGAGGCGUGGAUGAGUGAACAGGAACUGUACAUGAUGUCUGAGGAAAAGGCUAAGGAUGAGCAGAGUGCUGUCUCCAUGUUGAAAAAGCACCAGAUUUUGGAACAAGCUGUUGAGGACUAUGCAGAGACAGUACACCAGCUCUCCAAGACUAGCCGGGCGCUGGUGGCUGAUAGCCAUCCCGAAAGUGAGCGUAUUAGCAUGCGGCAGUCAAAGGUCGACAAGCUGUAUGCCGGCCUGAAGGACCUUGCUGAGGAGAGGAGAGGAAAACUUGAUGAGAGGCACAGGCUGUUUCAGCUCAACAGGGAGGUCGAUGACCUGGAACAGUGGAUCGCUGAGAGGGAGGUGGUCGCAGGCUCCCAUGAGUUGGGACAGGACUAUGAGCAUGUCACGAUGUUACAGGAACGGUUCCGAGAAUUUGCACGAGACACAGGAAACAUUGGGCAGGAGCGUGUGGACGCAGUUAAUGGCAUGGCAGAUGACCUCAUCAACUCUGGACAUUCGGAUGCUGCCACCAUUGCUGAGUGGAAAGAUGGUCUCAACGAAGCCUGGGCUGACCUCCUAGAGCUCAUUGACACGAGAACACAAAUUCUUGCUGCCUCGUAUGAACUUCAUAAGUUUUACCAUGAUGCCAAGGAGAUCUUUGGCCGCAUCCAAGACAAACACAAGAAACUCCCUGAGGAGCUUGGAAGAGAUCAGAACACCGUGGAGACUUUACAGAGAAUGCACACCACCUUUGAGCAUGACAUCCAAGCUCUGGGCACUCAGGUGAGGCAGCUGCAGGAGGAUGCAGCCCGCCUCCAGGCAGCCUACGCAGGGGACAAGGCUGACGACAUCCAGAAGCGUGAGAACGAGGUCCUGGAAGCCUGGAAGUCCCUGCUGGAUGCUUGUGAGGGUCGCAGGGUGCGGCUAGUAGACACAGGAGACAAGUUCCGCUUCUUCAGCAUGGUUCGUGACCUCAUGCUCUGGAUGGAAGAUGUCAUCCGGCAGAUCGAGGCCCAGGAGAAACCACGGGAUGUGUCAUCUGUUGAACUGUUAAUGAAUAAUCAUCAAGGUAUCAAAGCUGAAAUCGAUGCUCGCAAUGACAGCUUUACAGCUUGCAUUGAACUUGGGAAAUCCCUGCUGGCAAGGAAACACUAUGCUUCUGAGGAGAUCAAGGAAAAGUUACUGCAGUUGACGGAGAAAAGAAAAGAAAUGAUUGACAAGUGGGAAGACCGGUGGGAGUGGUUAAGACUGAUUUUGGAGGUCCAUCAGUUCUCAAGGGACGCCAGUGUGGCAGAGGCUUGGCUGCUCGGACAGGAACCGUACCUAUCCAGCCGUGAAAUUGGACAGAGUGUAGAUGAAGUGGAGAAGCUUAUUAAGCGCCAUGAGGCAUUUGAAAAGUCUGCAGCGACCUGGGAUGAGAGAUUCUCUGCCCUGGAAAGGCUGACAACAUUGGAGCUACUGGAAGUGCGCAGACAGCAAGAGGAAGAAGAAAGAAAGAGGCGGCCGCCAUCUCCAGAGCCAAGCACGAAGGUCUCAGAGGAGGCCGAGUCCCAGCAAUGGGACACUUCAAAAGGAGACCAAGUUUCCCAGAACGGUUUGCCGGCUGAGCAGGGAUCUCCACGGGUUAGUUACCGCUCUCAAACGUACCAAAACUACAAAAACUUUAAUAGCAGACGGACAGCCAGUGACCACUCAUGGUCUGGACUGUGAAGUUCACUACCGUAUGUCAAGAACCACUCUGUCCACAUCCUUUGACCUUUUGGCUACCACGUCACCCAGAGUGUUAAAUUUUUUACUUAAUUCAUAGCUUUCCUUGGUUUCACAUUUGUUUGCAUUUAAUUUAUGUUUAUUUGGACCCUCACUGCCUCAACGCAGCAUACUUAAUUUUUGUUUAUUUAUUGUGAGCUUUUUACUUUAAGAUUUUACAUGAGUAAUUGAAAUUAAAUUAUAGCAUAAUGAAGAAAUUAGAAUCUAACAGGUACGGCACACACAAGUUACACUAACAGGACACAGUACUCUGCUAUAGGUGCUGUGUUACUUACAAGUAUUAUUAACCUAUAGUCGUUUAGUAACUAGGAAGAGCGGUUUGUAAGGAAGAAGCACUUACUACUAAGGUUCGGCCUGCAGUUGUUCUGUAAACAUUCCAUGGAGAAUGCAUUCAUCAAAUGGCCCAAAAGAAGCUGAGUCUUGUUGGGAAGUGCUUAAGCUUUAGGUGCAGGACCCCAAAUGUUCUGAGACCCUCGGGUCAUUUAUUACUUUGUAUAAGCCCAAUAAUCCUCUCUUUUCUGCCAAGUCCUCAACCCAGAAAUGUAGGCUUCUGUGCAACACAUGGUACAGCCCACUGAUUGCUGCCACCAGUUCUGUGUUGGUCAAUGUUACCACUGCCAGCGUUCAGGACGUACCAGAUGCCAGCAGCUCUUGGCAUGUUUUAGGAGCCUGCCUACCAGACAUCAGUCAGAGACUUCAGGCUAUCAAACUGUUUUAAUUUUUUAGGCAAAUGGAACAAAAGCCAUUUUGGUUCAUCCUGAUUACUUGAAUGGUACACUCAAUGCCCCGUGCCUGGGAGCACUUGCAGAGGUGUCCUGGCCCUAGAGGGCUACUUCAGUGUCUCUAUUGACGGAAACUCUUGUAUCUCAAAUGAAUCUCGUCCUUGGGAUGGCAUGUAUUGGCCACUAGUAGGGAUUGAAAACAUUUUAACAGAGAUCCUUUUUCUUAGGAGUACAAGCUGGUAAAGGGGUGAUUUCCUGGUUCUGAUCAGAACCAAACCAAACCCUCAUUGCAGCAAAGCCUUUAAGACACUCCCUUGCUCGUUUGCCAUAUUUAGAUGUCUUAGUGGAGUCAGAGCCCUGUUUGGUAUGUGUUUUCCAUGAGCUAAGUCUAAUUUGUCUUUUCAUUUCAUGAUGCAUUUUUUUUUCUUUUGUCAGGAUAACAUCAUAUAGCAUCUUGUUUGUUCUUCCUAAUCUCUAUGUACAUAUCUAUCUACCUGUAACCGUAGAUAGGUAUCUAGAUAGAUACCAAGCUUCUUAUACUCCGGGCUAGUAUGCAUCAUUAUUGGGUCUCUGCCUUAAAAUACAUCCAAAUUUAUAUUAGGAAAAAAAAAAAAAAACUAUAGCUUUUUCUUUUGGUCACUAGGGUUCCCUGAACAUGUCUUUAUGGCCACAAAUCAUACUGUGUCACUGAUCAUAUAUAUAUAAUAUAGUAUACAUGAUCAUACUUACUUAUAUAUGAUGUUUCCAUAUAUGUGCUGUGUGUUUAUGUUUUGUGUCAUCCAGACUGAUACCAAAUUUUAAUGCUUUUUUAUAUCAAAAGACAAAACGCACAUAAGCACACAAGACAGGAGUGCUAUGAUACUGCUUAGCAUUUGCUCUGCUGCCUAUUUUUGUCUCUGUUUUUAAUUAACAAUUGGAUUGUAUUGGAAGAAGAAAAAGCAGUGUAUUCUUUUGGAUGAUGAUGCAGAGACUCAUGUUAAUGAACUCGAAAAUGGUGUUGCUUCAUGUCCUUUGAAAACAAAUCAGGUGUUUCCUGUGCUACUGCUUGUCAUGUUGCGUUCAUGUUCACAUCCUGAUUUCAGUGCCUCAGAUGUGCCUGGCCACAGAAGCACUCUGAACUAAUUGCUAAAGAGAAGCAACAAGAUGUGCGUGGGGUGGGGUGGGGGCUGAUCACAUACGUGUACCACUGUUGGAUCAUAGCACUGUGAUUCGCUUUUGACGUCUGUCCUAGUGAUGUGUGGUGUCUGCUCGCAUGCUUGCAGCACAUGUCCAUUAAAGGUCAUUUUGUUUCUUUAUUUGUUGGCAUGCUUACAGCACAUGUCCAUUAAAGUUCAUUUUGUCCUUUUAUUUUCAUUGUUUUCUUGGUUAGUGAUUUCAUUUGCAUAAACAUUAAUUAUCUCUGCA